AUGAGUCUCAUCAGGAGAUUUGUUCACAAUGAUGCGAUCAAGCUCGACCCUCCGGAGGUGUAUAAUUGGCGGGUAUUUGCAUUGGCGAGCGCAGCAUGCUUUGGUGGUACGCUUUUUGGAAUGGAUAUUGGCAUAAUAGGAGGCGUUUUAACGCUUCCUGACUUCAAAAAGGAAUUCGGCCUUAGCGAUAUCAGCAAAUCUGCAGCGGCCAAUCUGUCUGCCAAUCUUGUCAGCGUGAUGCAAGCUGGUGCGAUUGUGGGUGCUCUGGCUGCCAACCCUUUGGCCGACUGGAUGGGUCGGAAGAAGAGCAUACUUUUCAUCUCCGUGUUCGCUUUCGUUGGAGGUCUACUCCAGGCCCUCUCUUACGGCAGCCUGGUGUGCUUCUAUAUUGGAAGAUUUGUCGAAGGCCUCGGUCUUGGGGGCGCCACCAUGCUGGCUCCCACAUAUGUAGCUGAAAACGCUCCUCGUGGCAUCCGUGGUCUUCUGGUUGGUUUCUAUCAGCUCUUUGAAACGAUGGGGGCAAUGGUGGCCUUUUUCAUCAACUACGGCUCGUUGUUGCACCUCAAGGGCCACUCGACAUGGAUUGUGCCUUUAUCCAUGCAAUCACUGCCGCCUGUUUUAUUGUUUGUAUCGAUUUUAUUCUGUCCGGAAAGCCCACGAUGGCUUGCUUCCAAGGACAAUUGGGAUAAAGCAUCUGGUAUCCUGUCCACUGUCCGUCAGCUUCCAGCCGUCCAUCCGUACGUCCAGGCCGAGCUGCUGGAAAUGAAAACUCAACUGGAUGCGGAACGAGGUCGAGCAGGCGGUAAUAGCUACUGGGCAUUGACGAAGGAGGCGUGGACUAUCGCUGGUAAUCGACGACGCUGCAUCAUGGUCAUUGUUCUCAUGAUAGCUCAGCAGAUGACAGGUACCAACGCGAUCAACUACUAUGCACCGACGAUAUUCGAGUCCUUGGGUAUCAACAAGAAUGAGAACAGCCUCUUCGCGACAGGCGUUUAUGGUAUUGUUAAGAUGGUGUCAUGCGCCAUUUUCAUUGUCUUCCUCGCCGACACCCUGGGACGAAGAUGGUCAUUCGUGUGGACGGGGUUCUUUAUGUGGUUCUGCAUGUUCUACCUGGGCUUCUAUGUUCGGUUCGACCCACCUGCAAAGGAUGCCCCAGUUUCUAGUGCAGGUUACGCGGCGCUCGUAUUUGUAUAUCUGUUUGCGGCGGCGUUUCAGUUUGGCUGGGGACCAUGCUGCUGGAUCUACAGUUCGGAGAUAUCUACUCAGCGUCUCAGAGGGUUGACGGUCUCAUACGCCGCAGCGACGCAAUGGAUCUUCAAUUUAGUAGUGGCUAGAUCGACCCCUGUCAUGCUAGAGACGGUCGGCGCCCACGGUUACGGCACAUACUUCAUCUAUGGCUCGUUCUGUUUUUCCAUUGCUGUGGGUGCGUUUUUCCUCGUUCCGGAAACCAAAGGCGUUUCCCUGGAACGAAUGGACGAGCUCUUUGGCGUGACCGAUUUCAGUGGUGUUGAGGACGUUGGCUUCGCAGCUCAACAUGCCAAAGGCGACAUCGAAACCGUUCACCUUGAAGGGGAGGCCAAAUAA